AUGAAUAUUUUAUUAAUUUUGUGUAAUUUGCUACAAGCAGCAUUGUAUACUUGUAUUGAUGAAAUGUACGAUGAAAUUUUACAACAUUCAAGUAAACCAAAUUAUACAAUUGAUACUGCAAAAGAAUCAAUUCAUGUUGUUAUAAUUUGCA